AUGCAGGGCAGCAGCGGCGCUGCUGACCAGCAGCAACUGCAGCAGCAGCAGGGAGUCCUGAGACCGCAGCAACUGCAGCAGCAACAGGGGCCGAAGCAGCAGCAGCAGCAGCAGGAUACAGGCUGCCCGGCCCGGUGGGCAGUUCUGCUGACAGUGUUGGAGGUAUUCCCUGCUCAUUUCAGCAUCGGGGCCUACGUGGACCUGCUGACCUCGCAGCUGGGCCGCAGGGUUUACCUCUCGCAGUCUUGCCACGAAGUUUUGGCUUCCUUUUUUUGUUUGCUGUCUUGUGCUGCUGUGUCUCGUGUUGCUGCUGCUCGCCCGGAGCAGCGCCGCAAUUUGCUGCUGCUGCUCGCCCUCUGCAGCAGCCUCCCCAUGUUUGCUGCUGUCUUCACCCACAGCGCCAGAGCCUACUUGGCCUGCAAGGUUAUAGCUGCUUUACUCGGAGGGAAGCCGCUGACUGGGUCGUUUGUG